AUGGCAAGCCAAUGUCAACAUUCUGAUCUUCAACAAAAAGUCAAUACAUUUAUUGCCAACCAUCGACCACAAAAUAUUCACCCACCACCACAGCUCGAUGAAAAUAUCACUUCAGAGUUACUAUGUCGCCAUAAAGGACUUUUUUAUUAUUAUAAAGGACGACGACCUUUAAGUGCAUUCAACGUAUUUAAAUUGAUUGUUAGGCAAGAAGCGAACAGGAUGUCUGAAAAUGAUUUGCUUGUGAUUAAUAAUGUGACUGAACAAUUAUGGAAACGGAGUAGUCCUCAGGAAAAAAUGGCUAUUCCGGCUAGAUUGAAUGAAAGUCCUAAAUAUGACUAA